GCCGAUUAUGGCAGCCCUGUCGGGGUGCACGGCACUGGCAAUUUAGCCGGCUUUCUAUUGGUCAUCAUCAUGGCGGUCGGGGUGCUUCUGCGGGCAGCGCCGCGAUGGUGGGUGAAGCCAAGGGCCGGUGGUGCUUGGAGAUACAUGACGUGGGGUGACAAUGCUCACGCGGAUUAUUUCCACGACAACAUACGGAUGGGGGAGGAUGUGUUCCGCGGCAUUGUUGCCAACGUGCGGCCUCAUCUGCAUUGCAGUUUGUGGACAAGAUACCGUGCACCGACACCUCCUGAACAGCUCGUUGCUUACGCCCUGUACCGUUGGGCUAGUGGAGAGUCGUUUGAGCACUCGGCGACUUCCUUCAAGCUCGGACGGGAGACCGGUCGUGUUGCCGUCCAGGAUGUCGCCGCUGCCAUUGUUCGUGCUUAUCCCGACGAGGUGUCCUUCCCGACCGGCCAUCGACUGGUCGAUGCAAUGGAGAAGUUCCAGGCAAAGGGCUUCCCCCGGUGUUACGGUGCGAUCGACUGCACGCACGUCUACAUAGACAAGCCGGCGGGGAGAAUGGCGGCUCCUUACUGUGAUCGGCAUAAGAGAUUCACUGUUGUCGCCCAAGUUGUCACCGGUUCCGACCUCAUGGUUUACGACGUGGUCGUCGGGUGGCCUGGUUCCGUUCAUGAUUCACGCGUACUGCAUCACUCUUCUUUGUUCCGGCGCGCAGACUCACGCGCUCUAUUCCGAGCGGAUCCGUUGGUGCUCCCGGGCGGUGUUACAACGAGAGGCUAUCUACUAGGUGACAAUGGCUAUCCGAGUCUACCCUGGCUUGUCACGCCAUACGGGGGCCAGCAAGUUCCAGGAACGGACCACGAUCUGUUUGACAGCCAGCAGAAGGCCGCGAGGGGGUGCGUCGAACGUGCAUUCGGGCGGUUGAAAUGUAUGUGGCGCAUGUUCCUUCGAACGCAUAAGCCGAACAUACGCCUGUUGUUGCUACAAUUCCAUGCAGUGUGUGUGAUCCCUAAUUUGCUGAUUCGCGUCGGUGUGGAGAUGGAUCCAGAGCUGGAGGAGCGUCCGGAAGAGGAUGAGGACGUUCUGUGGGAGGGUGUGGACCCGGUGCCACCCCCGACCGAGGAGUUGACAGUUCGAGGAGCUCGAGUUGCAGGCCAACGAUUCAGGGAUGCUUUGCGUCCAGUGGUGGCUCAAUUCGUUCGCGCGGAACGCGCUCGCGCCAGGGAGCGACGAGAACGUGUUUAGCUCGAAGAAUCAUUUUAAUUUAUCAACAUUUUUUUUUUUUUCAUUCUUUGAUUGUUUUAUCGAAUGAACCUUGCCAUGAAUA